UGAAACAGAACAAAAACUUAGCACGCAGAAAGUGUAAGAUAGGUCCAUAUUCGUUUAUAUUGUUUAUCAAAGAACUUUUUAAUCAUGGCAGGACGAGGACAUGGAAAAGGUUCUAUGUCUUUUACUUUUGAGCAAUUAGGACUUACUAAAGCUGAAGCUAUGAUGCAUCCAGUUUUAGAACCGCCACCAAAAUAUCCUAUAUUAAAGUAUAAGCCAUUGCCUUUUACCAUUACUAAUGAAAUAAGUUAUUUAAUAGAAUUGAAAAGGGACUUUUCCGAAUAUUUUAAAGAAUCUCCUUUUAAUGUGCAACCUAUUGAAGUAAAGAAAGACGUUGAACGUUAUUCAGAUCGUUUUCAAGAUUUGAUGAUUGAUAAAAGUGGCUAUGAAACUAAGUAUGACUGGUCUAAAAUACCAGCAGAAUUGAAACCAUCUUCUAUUCGUAGAAAGAAAGCUCUAGCAACAGCAGUACCUAAUAAAAAACAGAAAUUGGUUGAUGUAGAAUCUAAAUUACAAGAGUUAGAGAAAAAGGAAAUUAAUCAACAAGGCGAAGUACUGGAAUCGGAAGAAGAAAAGGUAGAGGAAGAAGAAGAAGAAGAGAAAGAAAUGGGUGUAGAUGAAGACGAAGUAGAUGAAGAAAUGGAUGAAGGAACUGAUUACGUAAAUAGUUAUUUUGAUAAUGGAGAAGGUUACGAUGAUGAAGAAGAUAAUAUAGAUGAUGGAGCCAUAUACUAAAAUGUAUCUUAUCUUAAAGUUACUAAUAAUUCAAUCUUUACAAAUUCUGGCCAUAUAUUUAUAUGAUAUUUCUAUCGCAAAGUUCUAUAUAUAAAUAAUGUAGAUAAUAUAAUGCAACUAUAUUUCUUAUACAAUAGUGGUUCGUACAUACAUUAUCUAUUGAAAGUUUGUAUUAAAGACUGAUGUAUAUUGCUAAUAUUCUUACCUCGAUUGUAUUUAAUUAAGGCCAUUAUUAAAAAAGCAUUAUUUCUU